AUGUCAUCAAUGACUACUUCCUUUUCAGAAAAAACUAAAGAUCUUAAAGAAGAAUAUAUUGUUAAGUUUAAGGCUGGCAAAAUGAUUCGAGAUGGUACUACUAACAUAGUAAAACCUGACACUAGAAAAGGAAUGAUAUUUAUAAGGAUUGAAAAUGACGAUCUUCUUCAUUUCUAUUGGAAAGAUAGAACAACUAAUAUAAUUGAAGAGGACCUUAUUAUUUUUCCAGGUGAAGCAGAGUUUUCAUGUGUAAAAGAUUCUCCGAGUGGAAGAGUUUUUGCUCUUCAUUUCAAAUCAUCUUUCCAGAUUUUUUUUUUUUGGAUGCAAGAUCUUAACAGUAAUAAAGACGAUUAUUAUGUUAAUAAAAUUAACGAAGCAAUUAAAAAUCCCGUAAUUAGUGAAUCUAAUGAAUAUAAUGAAAGCCCAAAUGUAAACGAUACACAAUUUUUUGAUAAUGAAAAUGAUAAAUGCGUUAAAAUUGCAUCUUUAGACUCUGGAAAAGAAAAUAUGGAGACAAAGGAGCAAAAUACAUUGCCUUCUAUGACAUGUAAAAAUCGUUUUUCAUUAUCUGAAUAUUUUUUAUCUUUAAAAUCGUUUUUGUCGAAUGUGCAUAUUCCUGAUGAUUUUCCUAAAGAAUCUUUUAUUUUAACAGAUAUAUUGACUCCAUCUGAAGCUAUUAACUUGUUACAAAAUAAAUUUAUUCGAGAAGCUUUAUUUCCUAAUCUUCCACCUGAUAUUCUUCAAAAUUUUGAACUUGAUGAGAAAAGCCUUGAAAAUAUUAUUUCUAGGGAAUGUUUUCAGCAGUCGCUUCGAUCUCUUAAUUAUAUAAUUUCUAUAGGGAAGUUAGAUGCAUUCAUUUCGAAAUUUGCAUCAGAUAAUUUUAGAAAACUUGAUGUGUUUUUUCGUGUCAUAAUGUCUUUGAUUGAAACUAUAGAUCAGGAAAUGAAUAUUAGCGAAUGA